CGCCCUGCCCCCAGCCAUGAGCGCGCAGCCCCCCAAUUUCUCCUGGGUGCUUCCUGGCCGGCUGGCGGGACUGGCACUGCCCCGGCUGCCCGCGCACUACCAGUUCUUGCGAGACUGCGGCGUGCGGCACCUGGUGUCGCUGACCGAGCGCAACCCCCCGCACGCCGGCAGCUGCCCGGACCUCACGCACCACCACCUGCGGAUCCCCGACUUCAGCCCGCCGGCGCCCGAGCAGAUCGACCGCUUCGUGCAGCUGGUGGAUGAAGCGAGCGGCCGCGGAGAGGCUGUGGCAGUGCACUGUGCACUGGGUCUGGGCCGCACAGGCACCAUGCUGGCCUGCUACUUGGUGAAGGCCCAGGGCCUGACAGCAGGAGACGCCAUCGCUGAAGUGCGGCACCUUCGGCCUGGCUCCAUCGAGACCCACGAGCAGGAGAAGGCCGUGUUCCAGUACUACCAGCACAUCAAGUAGGCUGUUGGCCCCAGCUAGACAUCUGCACACUCCACAGUGGUAGCAGAUGGGCACCCUGGUGGCAUUUCAUCAGUGGGGUCCUGCAGCUGCUCCCGAAAUAAACCUUCACGAACUAGA